AUGGGUGAUAAUCAAGAUUACCGCCAACAAGCGUUCUCCUGCUAUCUUACCCGCAUGGAAUUCACCACUCCAAAAGAAACUGACGAUCACAAUAAUCAAUCGGAAAUCAACUUGAACUUCACAUGGAGAACUGAUUUUUCCGAGUGGAUGAUUCCACAUGCAGUUCAAGAAUAUCCACAAUUGGUUAGACGAUCCAAUGAAUCCACAACCAAUAUCUCCUUCGGAGUGAGCCGCAUGCAGUUUCGGUGUCUCGAUGAAUUACGCAGAGUCAUGGAACUCGAGCUGAGGGGCAUUUUAGACGAUUACGAUUUGCGCAGAAACGUGGCUGAUCAUGUUCUCGUGAUGACUCUGGCAAGGGUCGACAACGAUAUUUUCGCAGAUGGCGGAGUUUUCAAUUUUUACUUCGAUGCCUUGGUAGAUAACCAACAUAUUGUAUUUGGGGAAAUUAAUGAUGAGCAAUUUAAUUGUAUGGUUCCCGCGGCGGAUUCAUCGAUAAUGUCGUCGUUGAAGAAGGUGGCCGUUGAUUGUGAUCAGAAGACUAGUUGCUCGAUUUGUUUAGAAGAUCUCUCGCCAGGCGGCGACAAUGAUUUUGAAGAAGCGUUAAGCAUGCCGUGUUUGCAUGUUUAUCACGACUACUGCAUCAAGAAGUGGCUGAGCACUAGUCAUUAUUGCCCACUCUGCCGCUUUGAGAUGCCAACCACCAAUUAG